CCUCCUCUUCCACCUCCUCCUCGUGCACUUCCUGCAAUUGGACUUUAACCCGCGCGACAGCAUGCACGCGACAGCUGCUGCAGGAGGAUGAGGAGGCUCUGAAGAUGAGGAAGAUGCCACCGGGCCCCGCAGUUCGGAGCGACAGUAACCCGGGAUAACAGCUCCUAAAACCUGCAGAGGAAACACAGCAAGACACCUCUGAGAUCCGGAAGUUCACCCGGGAGCCGGGGAGGGAAACGCCGGGAACAGUGAGCUCUGCGCCGGGGAGGAGGGGCGCAGCGAGCCGCUGGAAGAACCAGACAGGUGAGAUCCAGGUGCAGCGAUGCGUCUCCCGCAGCUCCCUGUCCUGUCGUUGCUCCUGCUGCUCAUCGCCGCCGGUCGCUGCACCGCUGCCUGGCUGCUGCGGGGGGCCGGGGCCCGACAGGGGGCGCCCGACACACGCAGCGCCCUGGAGCCGCUCGGCAGGAACCCCAGGACCCGGGCCGAGGAUGGGGGGGGGCUCAGCGGGGUGAAGAGUCCAGAAAGAGAGAGGCGGAUGCACCAUGGACCGGAGGGAAAUCCCAGAGAUCCACGACAAAAGGAGAAGUUCAUCAAACACCUGACAGGUCCUCUUUACUUCAACCCAAAGUGCAGAAAACAUUUCCACAGACUGUACCACAACACCAGGGACUGCACGAUACCCGCUUAUUAUAAAAGAUGUGCCCGUCUGCUGACUCGCCUCGCCAACAGCCCGCGCUGCAGCGACAGAUAAACACGCGCCUGAUUGGGAUCUUAAUGAGGGCCAAUCAGUGACGAGAGCUCUCCAGUCAAUAGGAACUCCUGGCGACGCUGUUACUACCAGCCUAUCAGAGGCACUGAUAUUUAAUUUACGGGAGAUGAUUGAUGCCACGUGUAAAACAUUUAUUUUAGUUCCUUAUUUCAGGAAUACAUUUCAGUUUAAAGUCAGAAUUUAUUCUGACUUUUUAUUUUGAAAACUAAUUUUGACAACUCUAUUUUGAAAAAAUAGUUUCAGCAUGU